GCCCGAGUCUCCUCUCCUGCUGCCUCCGCCCGCUCCUCUUUGCCCGCCCCCCCCCAAUAAUCCUCCCCUCCAGUCGGCCCAGCGCGGCCAGCCGGAAUUUGCAGAGAGGUAACUCCCUUUGGCUACGAGCUGGUGAGCUAGCUGCACGUUGCAAAGACAGCUCUGGGAAGCCAGGCGACCGGGAAGCCGCUUCAGCACUGGAGCUGGGACCUGGCUAGUUAGGCGGCACGCGGGGCGGGCUCCCAGGUUCCCCUCGCUCCCUCUCCACCUCCCCCUGCACGCUCACCCUCCCUCCCCCACCAGUUUGCGAGGACAGAGAUCAAAGGAUGAAAAGGCAGUCAGGGCUUCAGUAGCCAAAAUAACAGCAACAACAAACAACCGCAAAACAAACCAAAACCAAAACAAAACAAAAAGAAAAUAACUCAGUCCUAUUUGCACCUGUUUCAGUGGACACUAAACUUGGAAGGCGGAGGGUUUUCCUUUUUUUUUUUUUUUCCUCCAAGAUUUGAGCAUCUUUUGAAUCUACUCUCCAAGUAUUUAGGAACAGACUGUGAGCCUAGCAGGGCAGACCGUGUCCAGUGAGUGUUUUCCUCUGCAUGAGACUUGGAAGCUGUCAGAGUACUUUCGCGUGGUUAUUCCUGCAAGUUUCCUUCCCAGGAGCUUCCCGCAGGUGGGCAGCUAGCUGCAGCGACUACCGCAUCGCAGCCUGUUGAACUCUUCUCAGCAAAAGAAGGGGAGGCGGGAUAAAGGAAUUAGGUGGAAGAUUCAGCCAAGCUCAAGGAUGGAGGUGCAGUUAGGGCUGGGGAGGGUCUACCCCCGGCCGCCGUCCAAGACCUAUCGAGGAGCUUUCCAGAACCUGUUCCAAAGUGUGCGCGAAGUGAUCCAGAAUCCAGGGCCCCGGCAUCCUGAAGCCGCGAGCGCAGCACCUCCCGGCGCCCGUCUGCAGCAGCAACAGGAGAUCAGCCCUCGGCGGCGGCAGCAGCAGCAGCAGCAGCAGCAGGGUGAGGAUGGCUCUUCCCAAGCCCAGAGCAGAGGCCCCACAGGCUACCUGGCCCUGGACGAGGAACAGCAGCCUUCACAACAGCCUUCAGCCCCCGAGGGCCACCCAGAGAGCGGCUGCGUCCCAGAGCCCGGAGCCGCCUCGGCCGCCGGCAAGGGGCUGCAGCAGCAGCCACCAGCACCUCGGGACGAGGAUGACUCAGCUGCCCCAUCCACGUUGUCCCUGCUGGGCCCCACUUUCCCGGGCUUAAGCAGCUGCUCUGCCGAUCUUAAAGACAUACUGAGCGAGGCCGGUACCAUGCAACUCCUUCAGCAGCAGGAGGCGGUAUCCGAAGGCAGUAGCAGCGGGAGAGCGAGGGAGGCCUCUGGGGCUCCCACCUCCUGUAAGGACAGUUACCUAGGGGGCAGUUCGACCAUCUCGGACAGUGCCAAAGAAUUAUGUAAGGCAGUGUCGGUGUCCAUGGGCUUGGGUGUGGAGGCAUUGGAGCAUCUGAGUCCUGGGGAACAGCUUCGGGGGGAUUGCAUGUACGCCCCGCUCCUGGGAGGUCCACCCUCUGUGCGUCCCACUUCUUGUGCCCCGCUGGCCGAAUGCAAAGGUUCUCUACUGGAUGACGGUUCAGGCAAGAGCACCACCGAAGAGACUGCUGAAUAUCCCCCUUUCAGGGCUGGUUACGCCAAAGGGCUGGAUGGCGAGAGCCUGGGUUGCUCUGGCAGCGGCGAAGCCGGGAGCUCCGGAACACUUGAUCUGCCAUCCACCCUGUCUCUCUACAAACCUGGAGCACCGGACGAGGCAACAGUUUAUCAGAGUCGCGACUACUACAACUUUCCGCUAGCCCUGACCGGGCCGCCGCCCCCUCCGCCGCCUCCCCAUCCUCAUGCCCGCAUCAAGCUGGAGAACCCGCUGGACUAUGGCAGCCCCUGGGCCGCAGCGGCGCAAUGCCGGUAUGGGGACUUGGCGGGCCUGCACGGCGGGGGUGCAGCAGGACCGGGCUCAGGCUCACCCUCAGCCACCUCCUCCUCUUCCUGGCACACUCUCUUCACAGCGGAAGAAGGCGAGCUGUAUGGGCCCUGUGGCGGGGGCGGGGGCGGCAGCGCAGGCGAGGCAGGGGCUGUAGCCCCCUAUGGCUACCCUCGGCCACCUCAGGGGCUGGCUGGCCAAGAGGGAGACUUUCCUCCACCCGAUGUGUGGUAUCCUGGCGGCGUGGUGAGCAGAGUGCCCUAUCCAAGUCCCAGUUGUGUCAAAAGCGAGAUGGGUCCGUGGAUGCAGAGCUACUCCGGACCUUACGGGGACAUGCGUUUGGAGACUGCCAGGGAUCAUGUUCUGCCCAUCGACUAUUACUUUCCACCCCAGAAGACCUGCUUGAUCUGUGGGGACGAAGCUUCUGGCUGUCACUAUGGAGCUCUCACUUGUGGAAGCUGCAAAGUCUUCUUUAAAAGAGCUGCUGAAGGGAAACAGAAGUACCUGUGUGCCAGCAGAAAUGAUUGCACCAUCGAUAAAUUCCGAAGGAAAAAUUGUCCAUCUUGUCGCCUCCGGAAAUGUUAUGAAGCAGGGAUGACUCUGGGAGCCCGGAAGCUGAAGAAACUUGGUAAUCUGAAACUACAGGAGGAAGGGGAGGCUUCCAGAGCCACCAGCCCCACUGAGGAGCCAACCCAGAAGCUGACGGUGUCACACAUUGAAGGCUAUGAGUGUCAGCCCAUCUUUCUAAACGUCCUGGAAGCCAUCGAGCCUGGUGUGGUGUGUGCUGGACAUGACAACAACCAGCCCGACUCCUUUGCAGCCUUGCUCUCUAGUCUCAAUGAAUUGGGCGAAAGACAGCUUGUACAUGUGGUCAAGUGGGCCAAGGCCUUGCCUGGCUUUCGCAACUUGCACGUGGACGACCAGAUGGCAGUCAUUCAGUACUCCUGGAUGGGGCUUAUGGUGUUUGCCAUGGGCUGGCGGUCCUUCACCAAUGUCAACUCCAGGAUGCUCUACUUCGCCCCUGACCUGGUUUUCAAUGAGUACCGCAUGCACAAGUCCCGGAUGUACAGCCAGUGUGUCCGAAUGAGGCACCUCUCUCAAGAAUUUGGAUGGCUCCAAAUCACCCCCCAAGAAUUUCUGUGCAUGAAGGCACUGCUGCUCUUCAGCAUUAUUCCAGUGGAUGGGCUGAAAAAUCAAAAAUUCUUUGAUGAACUUCGAAUGAACUACAUCAAGGAACUUGAUCGUAUCAUUGCAUGCAAGAGAAAAAAUCCCACAUCCUGCUCAAGGCGCUUCUACCAGCUCACCAAGCUCCUGGACUCUGUGCAGCCUAUUGCACGAGAGCUGCAUCAGUUCACUUUUGACCUGCUAAUCAAGUCCCACAUGGUGAGCGUGGACUUUCCAGAAAUGAUGGCAGAGAUCAUCUCUGUGCAAGUGCCCAAGAUCCUUUCUGGAAAAGUCAAGCCCAUCUAUUUCCACACGCAGUGAAGCUUUGGAAGCGCCUAUUUCCUUACCCCACCCUACUCCCCUUUUCAGAUAUCUUCUGCCUGUUAUAACUCUGUACUACUUCUCUGCAGUGCCUUGGGGAAUUUCCUCUGUUGAUGUAUAGUCUGUCAUGAAGAUGUUCCUGAGUUCUGUUUGCCGGGCUUUUUUCUCUUUUCCUCCUUUCUUUUGUUCCCCCUCCCUGUCCUACCCUCCCAUGGCACUUUCAGACUCUGCUGCCUGCCAUGACUAUUAUCUGUGUUUUGAAUGGUGGUGUAUUUCUUUAAAUCUGUGAUGAUCUUCAUGUGGCCCAGUGUCAAGUUGUGCUUGUUUAUAACUGCGCUGUGUGCCAGCCACACAAAUGUUUACUUACCUAAUGCCACAGGAAGUUUAGGGAGCUAAGAGUAUCUGGGAAAACAAAAAC